GCGAACAUAUUAUACUGCGACACACGGAAGGGACUCCAUUCGAGCCUUGUUGUUAUUAUUGUGAGCUAACUGUCAACCAGAAAAACCACCUGUUUUAAACUCAAACGCCAAGAUGUCUUCAGACUUUGAAGCCUACGAGCAGGACUUUGGGACCCUCACAGCAGAAGUAACCAACAAAAUUGGCAGAAUUCCCAAACUAAGUGGAGAGGAGAAGACACAGCUGGUUCUAAAUGUCGACAAACAGCUUGAAGAAGUCAGAGAGUUGCUGGAGCAGAUGGAUCUCGAGGUGCGGGAGAUCCCCAUCCAGAGCCGAGCCAUGUACAACAGCAGACUGAAGAGCUACAAGCAGGAGGUGGAGAAGCUCGAGAAAGACUUUAAAAGGUCACGUAUUGCCUACAGUGAUGAGGUGCGCAACGAGCUCCUGGGGGAUGACGCCAGCUCCUCGGAGAACCAGAGAGCGCAUCUGUUGGACAACACAGAGAAGCUGGAAAGGUCAUCACGGAGACUGGAAGCCGGCUACCAGAUAGCAGUAGAAACUG